CCAGGCCAGGCAGUGCCGUGCACUCGUCAGUUCGCCAUGUCCAUAUCAAUUCUGUGCGAAUGUCGGCGGCAAUUAAAACUGACACGUACUGGCGUCUGAGCGCGGCACGGUUCGGGUGUGAGUUUCCUCCGCUGAUCUACAGUUUCACGCAUUCCGCUGCCGUUACGCAGAUCCCAAGCCUAGAAGCAAGGCGCUACGUCGUCGUCAAGAUGGGUACGUCUUGGAAGGAGUUCUCCCUGUCUGCCGUCGUAGUGCUCCUUGUGUGUUGCGUUGACGUCGGCGUCGGGAAGGAGCUGAAGUGCGUGUGCGAGGAUGACCCGGAGGUUUACCGGUUCAGCGCGGUGAGAACGCACGGGCCCGGGAGAGUAGGCAGGCCGAGCGGACCCAUGGGGGUUACGGCGGACAGCAAACGGGAACGGGUGCUCGGCAAGCCUGACGCCCCCGCUAACCUGCAGGAGCACGGCGCGCCCGGUGUGCGCGGCAGCGGGAAGAAGGUCCGCUCGUCCGCCCGCCGAGCCGCCGCCAGGAGGGCGCACAAGCUCGGCGUGGUGGGGCAGAUCGUGGGCUCCAGGAACAACGGGCUGCCUGCCUUCACGGCGGUGCGCGCGCACGACCUGGCCGCCAUGGACGGCAACAUCGUCGUCACGUUCGACCAGACGCCCGCCAACGUCGCCGACGACUUCGACGCGUCGACGGGCGUCUUCGUCUGCCAGGUGAGCGGCGUGUACUACUUCUCGUUCGGCAUGCGGAAGGCGGAGGGCACGGACAGCGCCGUGAUGCUCAUGCGGAACGGGCAGGCGGUGGCGGUGGCGCACAGCACGGGUCGGGCCGGGACCGAGAUGCUGGCCCAGGGCGCGGUCAUCGUCCUGCAGGCCAAGGACAGGGUUCACACGGAGCUCCGGGUCGGCAGCGUCUUGGACGGCAGCAAGAACGAACCCGCCAUCGUCUUCUCGGGGUUCCUUAUCCAGAGGAAGUAGAUGAAGACGCGACGUGACGUCGCCUCCUUAUACUACGGUCCAGUUUGGAAGAGAGGCGCCUCCGAGUAUACUAAAAGUUCACGGGGCUGUUUUUCUGCACUUUCGGGCGUGACACCU